AUGUCCAUGUCCUCCCUUCGUUUCCAGCGGUUGCUGUCCAUAGUUGCUGCUACAUUCAUUGCCCUGGCGUGCGGAACCAAUUACGUGUAUUCAGCAUGGGCGCCUCAAUUUGCCGAGAGGCUGAAACUAUCAUCAACAGAGAGCAAUUUGAUUGGAACUGCGGGAAAUUUGGGGAUGUAUCUAAGCGGAAUUCCCGUGGGCCUUCUCAUUGAUUCGAAGGGACCGAGGCCUGGUGUUUUAAUCGGGAUGGUGUCACUUGGAGCGGGCUAUUUUCUCAUUCACCGAGCAUAUGUUGCCGGCCAAGGCUCAAUGGGAGUUCCAUUAAUGUGUUUCUUCAUGUUUCUCUCCGGCCUGGGAAGUUCUGCUGGAUUUUCCGGGGCCAUCAAGACAGCUACAUCCAACUUCCCAGAUCACCGUGGAACUGCAACCGCUUUUCCAUUAGCUGCUUUUGGAUUGAGUGCAUUUUUCUUUUCAACGAUUUCAGCAAUCGCCUUUCCAGAUAAUCCAGGCCAAUUUCUAUUGCUCUUGUCGAUUGGCACAUCAACUAUCUUGUUUGUGUGCUCCUUCUUUCUCCGGCUUAUACUGUCUUCUCCGUACACUCUCGCCACCAGGGAGGCAAGUCUCCUUAUCAGUUCGAGCCAACUCCAUAGAACAAAAUCCAGGGAGAGCCAUCACAAGGGUUCCUCUGAAUUAGGUAGGCUAAAUGAAGCCUCUAAUCCCACAACCACCCAAGGCACUGCAGCAGGAUCUGCUGCGGGGCCAUCAGAAUCCGCAGACCCAAACCUAGAGCCGGAUGAAACAUUCUCUUUGAUAGCUCGAUCCCUUUCCCCAAGAAAUUCCCAUGAUUCGUUCUGUGAUGAAGGCACAUCAGUCAAAUCCGGUCAUAGCUCACAUAAUACAGAUAUCCGUGGAUGGGCAAUGAUUUCCACUCUGGAAUUCUGGCAGCAGUUCAUACUUCUAGGGCUUUUCACCGGAACUGGAUUAAUGACAAUCAAUAAUAUUGGUAACAAUGCAAAUGCCCUAUGGAACCAUUACGACGAUAGUGCAAGUCCCGAAUUCAUCCAAUCACGACAGACGAUGCAUGUGUCUACCUUGUCAAUCCUCAGUUUUGUUGGACGCCUCUCGAGCGGUAUCGGAUCAGAUCUACUUGUUAAAAAACUACACAUGUCGCGUUACUGGUGUCUGUUCGUAUCAGCAGUUAUUUUCUGCGCCGCACAACUCGCCGGAUUCACGAUAUCAAAUCCUCACUACCUGAUCACCGUUUCAGGCUUGACCGGGCUUGCUUACGGCUUCCUGUUUGGCUUGUUCCCAUCCCUGGUUUCCCACACCUUUGGUGUUGGAGGCAUAUCACAGAACUGGGGAGUGAUGUGCCUUGCGCCUGUCGUAUGUGGAAACGUUUUCAACAUUUUGUACGGCAGAAUAUAUGAUUCUCACUCCAUCGUGUUGCCGAAUGGUGAUCGCGAUUGCAGGGAAGGACUGAAAUGCUACAGAACCUCCUACAUAAUUACAUUCUAUGCUGGACUUGCAGGGGUCGUUAUGACCCUCUGGACUAUUUGGCAUGAGAGGCGAACCAUUGGUCGUUUGACGGGGAAGGAAUUCCAUGAACGAAUUGCUUAA